AUGGACUUCAUCGAAAAUAACAUCUUCAUCAACUAUCGCUCAUUUCUACUCUUCUGCGNAUUCUUCUUUCUGUUACAGAUCAUCACAAUAUUCACCUCGGAAGUGUUUCUCGAUUUAUUAAUUAUGUUAGCUCCAGUCAUAUUUCUUGAGUUACCAAUAAUAGUGAAGGUUCAUUUAUGUUGGAUAAAAGACAAUUAUUAUAAGGAGUGUCUCGAGCACAUGAGGAUUGAUUGGAGCAGGUUGAAAAACGUUGAGGAAUUACCACUGAAACAAGCGUACGAAGAAUUUAUAUUCUAUUCUAAAUUUCUUUUCUUCUUCGUCUACGCGCCAA